AUGUAGAUGGGAUUCAUUUCCCCUCCAACGCAUUCCUCAGGUCCCAUAGCCCAGGUGUUUGCAGCUUGAUUUAACCCAAAAUAAGGUCUUCAUUCGAUGCCUGUGUUUGGUGCCAGGGGAGGGCACCCGGGUCCUCAACAGAAUCUCCACAGAAGGAAACUUACCAAAGCCCAAAGCAGGGGCUGUGGUAAGCUUCACCACUUCCUGAGAGAGUGCUGGGCUGUGCCACCAGUUCCCCAGGGAGAAAGCUGGCUUUGCUACAGACUUCUGGACAUGCUGGGCCGGCACCCCCUGCUCCUCAUCCUAACUGGGCUGCUCUCCCUGGGAUCUGGCCUGUCCCAGCUGUGUACCAGGGACAGAGUGAGCACCUGUCGGGACUGCAUCAGGUCAGGGCCUGGCUGCGCCUGGUGCCAGAAGCUGAACUUCACAGGCCAAGGGCAGCCAGAGUCAGUCCGCUGUGACACUCCAGAGCAACUGUUGUUAAGGGGAUGCACAUCUGAGUACCUCGUGGACCCCAAGAGCCUUGCUGAACCCCAGGAGGACAAGGACAGGGACCAGAAGCAGCUGUCCCCGCAAAAUGUGACGCUUUACUUGAGACCAGGUCAAGCGGCAGCAUUCAACGUGAGCGUCCAGCAGACCCAGGUCAACUCUGUUGACCUGUACCUCUUGAUGGCCAUCUCUGACUCCAUGCAAGGCCAUCUUUCCAAUGUCCAGACACUGGGCAGUGACCUGCUCCAAGCUCUCAAUGAGAUCACCAGAUCAGGCCAUAUUGGUUUCGGAUUCAUCAGGAACAUGACCUUCCAGCACAUCCUGAAGCUGACCGAUGACUCCAGUCAGUUUCAGAAGGAACUGGCGAAGCAACUGGUUUCUGGAAACCUGAAUACUCCCAAGGGACAGCUGGAUGCUAUGGUGCAAGUCGCCACGUGCCUGAGAGAAAUCGGUUGGCGUAAUGGGACACGGUUUCUGGUGCUCGUCACAGACAACGAUUUCUACUUGGCUAAAGACAAGAGUCCGGGUACCAGACAGAAUUUCAGCGAUAGCCACUGUCACUUGGAAGAUGGUGUGUUCAAGAGCAGAAGAGAGCCUGACGACCAUUCAGUGCUCCAGCUGGCAAGGAAACUGGCUGAAAACAACAUCCAGCCCAUUGUCAUGGUGCCCUCGAGGAUGGUGAAAACACAUGAGAGACUCACCACGUUCAUCUCCACGUUGGCCAUCAGGGAACUUUCAGGUGACUCCAGCAAUGUGACCCAGUUCAUUAAGGACACCCACAGGAGACUCACCUCCAAAGUCUUCCUGGACCACACCACCAUCCCCAACACCCUGAAAGUCACCUACGACUCCUUCUGCGGUAAUGGGACAUCAAGUACAGGCAAAUUCAGAGGGGAGUGUGACGGUGGGCAGAUCAACAACCAGGUCACCUUCCAGGUCACUGUCAUGGCUUCAGAGUGCAUUCAGAAGCAAGCCUUUGUCAUCCAGGCCCCGAGCUCCACUGAUUCGGUGACCGUGAGGGUCCUUCCCCAGUGUGAGUGCCAGUGCCGGGACUCGAGUCAGGAGCACGGCCUCUGUGGAGGCAAGGGUGUCAUGGAGUGUGGCAUCUGCAGGUGCAACUCUGGAUACAUAGGGGAAAACUGUGAGUGCCAGACACAGGGCCAGAGCAGCCAGGAACUGCAGAGAAGCUGCCGCAAAGACAACAGCUCCAUCGUGUGCUCGGGACUGGGGGACUGCAUCUGUGGGCGGUGUGAGUGCCACACCAGUGACAUCGCCAACAAAGUGAUCUUCGGGCGGUACUGCGAGUGUGACAACACCAACUGCGAAAGAUACGAAGGCCAAGUCUGCGGUGGCCCACAGAGGGGCUCCUGCUCCUGUGACCAGUGUGUUUGCAAGGAAGGCUAUGAGGGCUCAGCCUGCCAGUGUCGGAGGUCCACUGAGGGCUGUCUGAGCAAAAACCUGGUGGUGUGCAAUGGCCAUGGCCAAUGCCGCUGCAACCGUUGUGAGUGUGACCCCGGCUACCAACCACCGCUGUGUGAGGAGAGCUCAGGUGCUUUCUCGCGCUGCCACAAGUACAUCUCCUGUGCCAAGUGCUUAAAACUCAGCAAUGGAAUACGUUUCUUCUGGGAGUGUAUGGAUCUGUUGAGUUCAGAAUUUCAUCGCAAGAACUGCAGUGAACAGGAUGCGGAGGGCUGCUGGACAACCUACACUGUGCGCCAGCGAGACCGGAGAAGCAUCUAUUCCAUCUACGUAGAGGAGAGCCGAGAGUGUCCCAGCGUCACCACCAUUGUGCUGAGCAUUGCAGUGGGUGUCCUGCUGCUUGCUGUCCUCCUAUUGGUCUUCUGGAUAAUCUACCUGAAGGAAACCCAGAAAGUCAAGCUUUCCAGAAUGGUUGGGGUUGGGCGCACACUGGACCAGCAGCCUCAUUUUCAAGAACAGCACCAUAAGGAAUCACCAUGGUGGGAUCAGGAGAGACAGGAUACCUGAUGAAGAUAAGGCACCAGGACCAACCAGAAAGGACCCACCAACCACACCUCCAUGCUAUAACCAACCAGCAAAUGGCUUAUCCCCCAAAUCACCAACACAAAAGCUGUCUUUAUUUGUUCCCAUAGCAACCAAGCUGCCAGGUCUUCAGUGGACUUCUUUCCAGGGACAGCCCCCUCUUCAAUCAUUCAUAAAACUUUGAGAAAAAAAUAAACUUCCUAAGUUUUAGGAGGCCAGGCACAUGCUUUGUGUGUGAAAAGUAAGAAACCAGUUCAAUUAAAUGUAGGGCUAAUUUACAUGUUAAA